UGGAGAUGGUAGUAGUGAACGAAGUCAAACCGGAUGUUGACACACACAGACCGAGAGGAGCGCAGGAACAGCUGAGAAAGGACAACAAAGCAACGACGACGACGACGACAACCGUACAACUGCCUAAAAGCGGGUAAGUUCCAGAAGCAACAUGGGGCGCAUCUUCCUGGACCACAUCGGGGGCACGCGCCUCUUCUCCUGUGCCAACUGUGACACCAUCCUGACCAAUCGCUCUGAGCUCAUCUCUACCCGCUUCACUGGCGCGACAGGCCGAGCCUUCCUCUUCAACAAGGUGGUGAACCUGCAGUACAGCGAGGUGCAGGACAGAGUGAUGCUGACAGGCAGGCACAUGGUGCGAGAUGUCAGCUGCAAGAACUGCAACAGCAAGCUGGGCUGGAUCUACGAGUUUGCCACGGAGGACAGCCAGCGCUACAAGGAGGGUCGCGUCAUCCUGGAGAGGGCGCUGGUGAGAGAGAGCGAGGGCUUCGAGGAGCACGUCCCCUCAGACAACUCCUGAGCCCACACUGGGAUGACCUGCUCGCUACAUCCCUCACCCCCCCUCACCCCCCCCCCCCCCCAAAGGCCCUCUGCCCUAUCCCUAAACCUCAUUUCCGAGCCAAAUCCCAAUCACAGAAACAGACCUUUUGACCACCUUUGGAUUGGCUGGAUCUCCUGAUGCUGUUUUGGGCUUUGUGUGCCCCCCCUUGCCCCACCCCUCAGCGGACUUCCUUCCUGAAUACUUUGACAAGGUCCCUCCUUUCCCAUUCUAUCGAGUUCAUGCACGCACACACACAGACCUGUUAACACCAAUGCGCAAGUUUCAUGGCACACAACUUUGGUCACACUCACACACACACAAACUCACAGGCAUGCUACUUAAGAGGAAACAUUUACCCUGCUGUUGUGUCACCAGUAUAGCUGCAGUCACGGUAGGUAGUUACCGGGACAAAAUAGGAUUGUUUUGUCAACAGAUUCCAGCAGUUUAUGCACUAGGACAUUGACAUGAAUCUUGUUUAAUAGUCUGAUAAGAUAGUUCACAUCACUGCUAGCUGACACACAAAAACACCAUGGGAUAUUAUGUUUAAUGUAGUGUUGUGUUGUGGUAAACCUUGUGUCAGUGUUGUGUAAGCACAACUCUGACUGUCAAUAUUUGGACAAGCAUUGAUUUAGGCGACAUAUUGUUCUUGCACAAUGUGAUGAAAUGCUUUUGAAAUGGCAGCCACAAAGCUCUGUGUUCCAUUCUUGCUGUGUGAAUCUUGGACAUGGAAACAUCUUCCGAGGAUAGCAUGUAUCAACUUCUAGCCUAUAUCAUCAAGCUGAUUCUCUAAGCAUGGAUGCUGCGCGCGUGCAGUCAGGACCGACCGGUCGCUCUCUGACUUGUCAGAACGACAGACACCCCCCCCCCCCCCCGCCCUUCCCGGAGCGUGUGAGGAGUGUGUGGGCGAGGGAUUUCUCUCACGAAUGCUUGGAGCAUGGUAAACACGUGCCCCAAGAGACUGGUGGCCUGCUGUGCCGGCGCGACCUGGACACAAACUGCUGCUCCCAAUCCUAAGCUGUGCAAGGAAGAGAGGGGGGCUUUCUUAGCCAUGACCUCCCUCAGUCACCUGGAGCCUGCCAUCUCCAACCCUGCCCAGACCAACGUGCACAUGGUGGACAUGGGCAGAUUAUAACAUUAUUGCUUCUUAUUAUUAGCAUUUUAUUAUUAGUUGGUAUACUUAAUGUACGAUUGUAUUCUUUUUAGUGAGAUUUUAUGGUUUGAAUUGUUUGAGUUGGCUCUUGUGUUAUCUGUUUCUUGAUGAGAGGUAAAAAAAAGAAAAGCAAGCUUGUUUCUUUUCUGUUGACAUUUGCCUAGAUUUAAUCUCUAGUAAAGAUUUCUGAAUAAAGUAUCAAGUAUUGCAGAAU